AAACUUAAAAGUGCUUGCUCUGAAUAUUUAGUCUGUGUAAUUUACCAUUACCAAUAAAAAAAUAUUUUGAUAUUUGAUAAAUAAUAAGAAAUUACGUUAUUGCAAUUUACAUAUUUUUAUUAGUGAUAAAUCCUUAAUACUGUAAUCAAGCAUGUCGUUGGUCGGGAAAUAGAAAACCGAAAAACCACGAAAGACGUGAUAAGAACUGGGAAAAAAUAAUUUUGGACGUGACAGCUAGUCCGCCAUUGCUUCUUCUUCAAUCGCAAAGUGGAGUGUAGAAUUUCGUAGAAGGGGAGUGAGUAAUAAUCUAGUUUUCAGAAAAUACCAUAAACAGACAGUCUAAAAAAUAUUUUUCGGAUAAUAUGAAGUGUGUGUAUUUUAGGGUACAAAGCAAUAAAACAAGUGAACUUAUUAAUCUCUUGUGUUGACUUUUUUUUGUAAUUUGUGUCUCCUUUGUUGUGAUAAUAAUUGCGAUAAGACUGAAAUUUUCAAAUAAUCUUAUACCAUGGAGGCGAUAGCUAAACACGAAUUCAACGCUACAGCUGAUGAUGAGCUUAGCUUUAGAAAAGCCCAAGUGUUAAAAAUUUUAAAUAUGGAGGAUGACAUGAACUGGUAUAGGGCUGAAUUAGAUGGUAGAGAAGGUUUAAUUCCUAGUAAUUAUAUUGAAAUGAAACCCCAUCAGUGGUAUUAUGGGAGAAUCACAAGAGCGGAUGCUGAAAAAUUAUUAUUAAAUAAACACGAAGGGGCUUUUCUAAUAAGAAUUAGUGAAUCAAGUCCGGGGGAUUUCUCAUUAUCUGUGAAAUGUUCAGAUGGUGUGCAACAUUUCAAGGUUCUGCGUGAUGCUACCGGAAAAUUUUUCUUAUGGGUGGUGAAGUUUAAUUCACUGAAUGAAUUAGUUGAAUACCACCGAACGUCUUCAGUAUCCCGUUCACAAGAUGUUAAAUUACGUGAUAUGGUAGCUGAGGAGUAUUUGGUUCAAGCCCUUUACGAUUUUACGCCUCAAGAAGUAGGAGAACUAGAAUUCAAACGAGGAGAUGUGAUCACCGUAACCGACCGUACCGACCAACAUUGGUGGCAUGGAGAAAUUGGACACCGCAAGGGACUCUUCCCGGCAACUUAUGUAACGCCUUAUCAUUCUUAAAUCAAUGUCAAAAUCGAAAACAAGCUUAUAUUUUAUACAUUUUCAAAAGGGAUAACGUAAACUUGUAUAAUGACAGUUGGUUAAAACUACAGUUGCCCCUCAGAAGAAAAAAAAAUAUCGAAGUAGCAAUUUGAUUCUUUUGGUUUGUCUCCAAUCUUGUAUGCCACAAUCAAUAAGUGAACUAAUGAGGUACCAAAUGGUUUUACGGGUGAUAAUUUCGCACCCCAACAACCAGCCAUGCUACAUUCCAGGUCACUGCCGAAUAAUCUGUAUUUCCUUAUACCGUUACUACAAAGUAUGUAAACUUUCCGGAUCUGAGACUUUCCUGUAGAUUGUGGUGUCCGGUUUGGUGGAUGCAUAUCUUGGAUCGAUUUCUUUCGUGUGUUUUGAAUUUACCUUAACCCCAAUCGGUGCAUCAAAGAUAAUUCAACUUCCCUAAACCAAAAAAUAAAAAUUUCAUUAUGAUACGAAAGCUUUAACUUCCUAAAGGCUUCGGAUCCUAUAUUAAUUAUUCGAUAAGGGAAUUGUAUCAAUUUCUAUUUACAUUUGGAAAUUAUAAUUAAAUAAACGUUGCUUGCUUCACAUAAAUUUCAAUUGCGUGCCAUGUUCAUUCGAAUUAUUGCUAAGAUUGAGUUUUAACCGAUUGUCAUAUCUGUAAUAUUAAAUAGCUUGGCGAAUUACCCACUGUCAAAUUGGCAUUAUUUUUUAAACUGAAAAAGUUACCUAAAAUUUUGAAAAAAAAAAUCUAUUUUAUUAUUUUUUUUAUUAGAAACUGAUUUUCUGGUGCGAGAUAUUAGGAAAUGAUUAUUUUUACGAGACGUGUUUUUAAAAUUGAGAUUCUUCCAAACAAAUCUCGAUGUUUCAAGCACUAAUUGUAACAAAAAAAUUUUCUUAGUGUGAGAUUAAACGUUGGCAAUUUGUUAGCCGAACGUUUUGAUUUUGAUAUAUUUAUUGAAGAGCUUAUUUUUAGAAUAUAUAUACAUUUACGCUAUCACAAUGGUAAGAACAUUUUUAUGUGUACAUCCUAAUUGCUUUGAAGCAAGUAUUAUAUAGGGCGUUUCCGAAUUUCACCUCAUAUAUCAAUAAAUAUGUUCUUGUAUAACAAAUCGUCAACCGUACUUUGAAAAAACAGGUUCGAACAGCUGUGAUGUCUUGUCUUCGCAUAUCUGCUCUAGCUCUAAUUCUAUUAGUCUAUUAGUAACACACAGAUCAAAAAUUCCUGGUCAAAAUAAGCUUCCGUUUCAGUACUUGUUGAAUAUAGUGGGUGAAGAAUCAGUUCAUCGAAUUAAACCAUCAACUUUCAAUACAAAAUGAUCUGUUUGGUGAAAGGAAUUUUUUUCUAAUUGCCACCAUUCAUUGUUUUGUCUUAUUCAUACUCACCUUCCAUCCAGUUACGGUUUUAAGUUAUUUGAACUACCUAUAACUACGAAAACUCAUCUAAAAUAUUGUAAACGCGUUUUAACUCCACAUACCAAUCAAUGGUGGUUGCUUUUCCAGGAAAAGAAUCAUCAUAACACUCUUCAAUCCAACCCUUUGUGUAUGCCAUGAUCCAAUAUGUUAUCCAUAUCCCAAAAUGAAGAAACUUACCAGUCGAAUACGGUUUUACGUGUUUUUACUGGGUCCAGUUGUGUAUUAGUGAAUCCAGGUUUCUUCCAUAGUCACAUAUCGUUGCAGAUAAUUCUUUUCAAUCAACUUAAAAAGCUCUAUACGCUCUAAAUGUAGAAAGACUCAUCAAAAAUGGAGUAAACACUUCCAUAUGACGUUUUGUAAUGUUUAGUUCCUUUCUCAAUUCCACUUUGGAGUUUUCUGGUUUGGAACGGUUUCUUUUUGCACCUCCUGAUCAUUGGUACUUUCGCAAUCAUUGUUUAAGUCAAUGGGGAUGGAUUUUCUUGGAGGAAAACCACCAUAAUACUCACAAAACCAAUCCAAAAUUUAUUUCAAUAUUUAGAGUGUAUAGAGAUUUUUUAUGUUGAUUGAAAAGAAUUAUCUGCAACGAUAUGUGACUAAGGACUCUUUAUUUUGAGAUACGGAUGAUGUAUUUGAAGUUUUGUGAUGUUUAGUUCCUUUCUCAAUUCCACUUUGGACCUCCUGAUCAUUGGUACUUUUGCAAUCAUUGUAUAAGUCAAUGGGGGUUGAUUUUCCAGGAGAAGAAUCUAAUACUUUUCAAGCUAAGCUUCUGUGUGUUUAUUUCUGGUUUAACAACAUCUUUCAAUCAACACACUGAAGUCAAAAUUUGACAAAUGUCCAUAAGGGAAUUCCAAAAUGUGAUUUGUGGUAACCUCUAUCAGUUAGAUUUGAUAUCGAAUCAGCAAGAUUGAUUACUAUCUGGUGUAGCUUGUACAUCUGAUUGAGCUUGACAUUUUUCUUUUUUUUUUAACAUUGUAAGCCCUUAAGUUCCAUGGUGGAAAUGAAUCCAUAACUUGUCAUGGUAAAUAUGGUAUUGUUUGUAGAAGUGGUUGAAAAGGUUCUCCGCUACUAAUUAAUUCUAAUAUUUAUUUAAAUAAUGGUGGAAGACAUAUUUAUCAUACUUCUUUGUUUAUAAAUAAAAAAAAUUGAUAGACAGUUUGAGGUGAAGUGAUUGGAUUCGAAGACGUUCUAUAUAAAACUUUAUAACUUCAAAAGCGUGACAUCUUUAUCUUUUUAUCUUUGGUAUUGUGACAUUUUUUCCUUUAUUUUAUAUUCUUUAUAUUUAUCUCGAUAUCAAAAGUCCUCUUAUUAUUUAUAAGGAGAGUUUCAUAAAAAGUUGAUAUGCCUAAUCACACUUUUAUGCAAUUUUCAACUUCAAAGUUUGUAUAACCGAUUUUUUUUGUGAUAUAAAUUUAAAAAAAUAAAAAGAUUUCGUUGUAAGACUUAGAAGAGUUGUUGAAAUAGAUAUUUUGCACCUGUUAUAUGAUUAUACAUCAAAAUCGUCUAUUGUUAGAUAGAACUUGAUUAAAUACCCUUCUAAGUAUAUAAUUUUUUAUUAAUAAUAUUGUUAUUCAUAUUAUAAUCAACAUCAAGAAGUAUAAAAACAGGAUAUAUAUAAUCAAAGGCAUACGAAAUUUUACAAACCCCCAAAUUACAAUUUCUAUUCUGGUAUAUUUUCAAAAGGUUUCAAGCUCAAAUUUUCUUUUAUAAUGUUAUUCCUUUCCGGAUUUUUCAUUUCCACAUUUUGCUUUUCCGUUACGGUUUAAGUUCUGAACCAAAUGUCGAUUUAUAUAUUUCUUUUUAAUUUCCUUCUUUCAUUAUUUCAGUUCUAAUUAAUAAAAAUUAUCAAGUUUUAGAGUCAUUGACAACCUAUAGUAAGUUCAUAAAGGCCUUUUUGCACUUUUGAUGUUUGAUUAUACACUUUUUAUCGAACAACUUUAUAUUGAAACCAAUUACGAAUCAUUAGCUCACAUAUAUUAUGUAACUACUAUUAGAUAUAUAUUUUUUAUAACGUUAGUAGUUACAUUAGUUAUUUUUUUCCCUUUAAUUUAAUUAGAUUAAGAUUUAUUAUUAUAUUCAUUUGUUGAUGACACUAUGUACUGCGACAUACAAUUUUCAGCCUUCGGAAAGUCAUAUCAUAGUCAAUUGGGUGCCAUUAAGUAGAUGUAGCAUUUUCAUAUUCGAUACACAGAUUUUUUAUUAGUAUUAAUCAUUUAAAAGGUUACAAGAUGGAAGCACUAAACAAGAAAGCAAACGAAAUACCAAAUUAUAAUUAUGAAAAAAGUGAGUUAUGGACGGGCGGCAGUAAAUUCAUUACUAAACAGUUGAAAUCGUCUAAUUAGAGGCUGAAAACUGAAUGUGUGGUAUUUUGAUAUCCUAGGUUUCUCUUGGUUAUUUCAUAAUAAUAGUAAACACCUAUUCAACGAAGAAAAAAAAAUGUAGCUUUGGAGAACAUAGUCCGUAAGUGAAACACCACCGUUAAUAAUAUAGUGACAAAAAUGCGACAAGCUGUGGUUCUGUUUUAAGUUUAAUUUUUCUCCUUACGUAUCGAUCUGUUCGUCAAGAUGCCAUUUAUUAUCUUUUAUAUAUUAUUGUAGUUUAUAUAUUAUGCAUAUUUUAUUAUCCGCAUUUUUUUGUGUAUAUAUGAAUUUUAGUUUUGCCAAAUUAUAUGCCUUCGUCAUUUUGCAUUUUUAUUUUAUUUAUAUAAUUUGGCAUUAGCUGACACUUAUAUGUAAAUACUAACUUAGGUUCUAAUUAUUAAGAUGUAAGUGCAACAACAUAUUUAGUAAAAUAUAUGUUAUAUACAAAAUCA